AUGUCUGAUGCUCAAUUCGAUGCUGCUUUAGAUAUUCUCAGGAGACUAAAUCCUACCACGUUACAAGAGAACCUAAACAACUUGAUCGAAUUACAACCAAAUUUGGCACAAGAUUUACUAUCUUCAGUAGACGUUCCCCUAUCCAUCCGGAAGGAUCCCGCUGAUUCAAACCGCGAGUACUUAUGCUGUGACUAUAAUCGUGAUAUCGAUUCCUUCAGAUCCCCUUGGUCGAACACCUAUUACCCAGAAUUGUCCCCAAAGGAUUUACAAGACAGUCCCUUUCCCUCAGCCCCUUUAAGACAAUUGGAGAUCUUAGCCAAUGACUCUUUCGACGUUUACAGGGAUCUUUACUAUGAAGGCGGUAUCUCCAGCGUGUACCUCUGGGACCUCAAUGAAGAUGAUUUCGAUGGGCACGAUUUUGCAGGGGUGGUGCUUUUCAAGAAAAACCAAUCCGAUCAUAGUAAUUGGGACAGUAUCCAUGUUUUUGAAGUUACAGCAUCUCCUUCAUCUCCUGACUCUUUCAACUAUAGAGUCACCACUACAAUCAUUCUGCACUUGGACAAAACGAAGAUUGAUCAGGAUUCUCAUAUGAUGCUAUCCGGGAACCUGACAAGACAGACGGAAAAGGACAUCGCUGUGGACAUGUCCCGUCCAUUAGACGUUAUUUCCACAUCUCACGUUGCUAAUCUGGGAUCCUUGAUUGAAGAUAUUGAGUCUCAGAUGAGAAAUCUAUUAGAAACUGUUUAUUUCGAAAAGACAAGAGAUAUCUUCCACCAAACAAAGAACGCGGCCAUUGCAUCCUCUACUGAGGAGGCAAAUAAGGAUGCCCAUGCAGAGGUAAUCAGAGGUUUGCAGUCUUUAUAG